UUGUGUAUUGACACGCGCGAUAUCCGGACUGUAAACACAGACGGACCACAAACGGUCCCUUCAAGUUAACGCUCCGGUAUUGCACCUUUUCAAGAAGCGUAAAUAUGACAAAAAUAUAGCCUCAAAUGGGUUUUACAAUACCUGAGAAAAGUCCACUAUACAUAUUAACAAUGGCAAUGCGAAAUUAAUGUGAGAUAAUUGGACAGCUGUGCGUUGUAAACUCGGAACACUUCAUGCCUGUGAAUCGCAUUGUCUGUGGUUAAAGAUGUCCCAUCAGCGAGAGGACAGUCGGAGCUGGGACUGGGACAGUCCUCGGUGUCGAGCCCAGCUGGACGAGGUGUUUUUCCGCAAGCAUGACUACAUCCAGACGGGCAGCGCCGAACACAAGGAGUUCUGGAGCUUCUUUGAGCGCUUCCAGAGAUUCAAAGCCAAGCGAGAGAUGUCAGCAGCCAAAUCCAGCAGGCAGGAGUCACACGAGGGGAAAGCCAGGAAGAAGUCUGGAUCUGGAGAUCUGGGGCUUCCAAAGGACUAUGAUGCCAGGUACAGGAUCAACAUCUCAGUGUGCUCCAAAGACAUAGAGGAGCGCCUGGGAGGAUCUGAGCAGAAGAGGCGCAGGGACCCCUCUGGUGCUGGCAGGCAGGAGAUCACAGACUGUCGUCUUGCCCUCCUCCAUUUCCUAGACUUCAACCAGAAGCAGAGCUUCAGCAAGCUUUCCAAGUUGAGUAAGGAGCAGAAGAGCCUCCCUAUCUUCCAGUACCGGGACAGGAUAGUGGAGUUGGUGAGGACUCAUCCUGCGGUGGUGGUGGCUGGAGACACGGGGUGUGGAAAGUCCACACAGGUGCCCCAGUAUCUGCUGGCAUCAGGGUUUAACCACAUAGCCUGUACUCAACCACGCCGCAUUGCCUGCAUCUCACUGGCCAAGAGAGUCAGCUUUGAGAGCCUCAACCAGUACGGCUCCAAGGUUGGGUACCAGAUCCGCUUUGAGACCAGCCGCACCACAGCUACCAAACUGCUGUUCCUGACCGAGGGUCUCCUGCUCCGGCAGAUCCAGCGGGACGAUUCCCUGGGCCAGUACCAGGUGCUGAUCGUGGACGAGGUGCAUGAGAGACACCUGCACUGUGACUUCCUGCUGGGAGUGCUGCGUUCCCUUCUGCCCCUGCGCCCAGACCUGCGGCUGGUCCUCAUGUCGGCCACCAUCAACAUCAAACUCUUCUCCAGCUAUUUCGACAACGCACCUGUUCUGCAGGUGCCAGGCAGACUCUUCCCCAUUCAGGUGAUCUACCAGCCCAUUCCUCCUGAAGAGCAGGUGUCCCGCUCUGAGAAACUGGACCCGCGGCCGUACCUGCGUGUGCUGCAGGGUAUUGACCAGCGCUACCCGCCGGAGGAGAGAGGAGACCUGCUGCUGUUCCUCAGCGGAGUGGCUGAGAUCUCCACCAUCCAGGAGGCCUGUCAGACAUACGCCACACACACUCAGCGCUGGAUCGUCCUUCCUCUGCACAGCACACUCUCACUGGCCCAGCAGGAUAAGGUGUUUGACAUUGCACCCCCGGGUGUGAGAAAGUGCAUAAUUUCUACCAAUAUUGCUGAGACCUCAGUUACAAUAGAUGGAGUGCGCUUUGUGGUUGAUUCAGGAAAGGUGAAAGAGAUGAGUUUUGAUCCAAAGGCCAAGAUGCAGAGGCUGCAGGAGUUCUGGAUCAGCAGGGCCAGUUCUGAACAGAGGAAGGGACGAGCAGGCAGAACUGGACCGGGAGUGUGUUACCGACUCUACUCUGAAUCUGAUUACAACGCCUUCGCCCCAUAUCCUGUUCCUGAGAUCCACAGGGUGGCACUAGACUCCCUCAUCCUACAGAUGAAGAGCAUGGGUCUGGGUGACCCUCGCACUUUUGUCUUCAUAGACCCUCCUCCCGCUUCUAGUAUUCAGACUGGAGUGACGUAUCUGAAAGAACAGGGUGCGCUAGAUGAACACGGGGAGCUCACCUCCAUUGGCAGGCUGCUGGCUCAACUGCCUGUGGAUGUGGUCAUUGGAAAAAUGCUUGUUUUGGGUUCAGUCUUUAAGCUGGUGGAGCCGGUGCUGACGGUUGCCGCUGCGCUGAGUGUCCAGUCUCCGUUUCUGCGCAGUGCUCAGCACAACCCUGACUGCUCCACCACUCGCCAGCCCCUGAACAGCAACCAGGGCGACCCCGUCACUCUGAUGAACACCUUUAAUGCCUGGGUGCAGGUGAAAGCAGACAGAGGAAGUGGCUCCAGAAAGUGGUGCAGGAGGAGAGGGCUGGAGGAACAGAGGCUUUACGAGAUGGUCAACCUCAGACGACAGUUCAAAGAGCUGCUGCGGACUCACGGUCUGCUGGAGGCAAAUACGGGCGGCAGGACAGAGCCGCAGGACCGAGCCCGGCGCAGAGAGAGACUUACGGAGAGACAGAAGCUCCACCAGCUGAAACGAGACCAUGAGCUCCAGGAGAGCACCAAAAGGAAAGUUCUGCGCCUGGAGGAAGGACUGGACGGAGACGCCCUGUCUGGGUCUGAUGAUGAGGGAGCAGGAUCGAGCAAGAAGAGAAGAGAUGAUGCUAAACAGACUGUGGACAUACAGGAAGUCAAGUUCAAAUUGCGUCACAAUGUGAAUGAGCUGCAGGACGCUGCAUACGCCAGUGCAGAUCUGUCAUCGCGGCAGCAGGCUCUGCUCAAACUGGUGCUGUGCCGCGGCCUUUACCCACAGCUGGCCAUGCCAGAUGAGCACAACGCAACCCGCAAAGACUCAGAGCAGGUGUUCCACACACGUAAUAAACAAGGCGUUGUGAUCCACCCAACCAGUGUGUUUGCCAGUGACCCUGAAGUUCUGCAUGUCCCCGAGCACGAGGCCAGCGAGUUUGGUGCUGAUAAAGGCCAGAGCAACAGGCAUCAGUUACUGGCUUUCGUUACUCUGCUAGAAACAAACAAGCCUUACAUCUCUAACUGUUUACGGGUUCCAGCACUACAGGCUCUGCUGCUGGUGGCCAGCUCUGUGGACAGUAACGCUGACUGCACGCGGAUGGUGGUGGACGGCUGGCUGGAGCUGGGCUUGACUGACGGAGACGCUGCGCUGAAGGUGCUCUCCUCGGUCCUCAGUCUGCGGGGUGAAUGGGAGAGGCAGCUUCAGGCUCAGAUCGCACAGGGCGGCCCGGGAUCCUCCGCCGGACUCGGGGCAGCGGGGCCCAAAGUGUCCCGCAGAGAACUGGAUAAGCUCUGUGAGGGACUGGUGCGGUUUCUGUUAUACACCGAGGUUAGUUACAGUCUGAGGCGUCUGACAGCGCUGCAGUCUCAGAACCUGUACAUCGGACCGCAACUGGAUCCCGAUCUGUCUUCCGCUUCGGCUUUCGGCUCUCUGUUUCCUGGCAUGAAAACCGAACCAGAUCCCAUUAAAGGAGGCCUGCGUUUGUGCAGCUACUUUACCUACAACUGUCUGUGUGACUCUAAGGACUUGUACAGUGAAUGUUUACGCAGUUUUUGGAGCUGCCCUCACUGUGACCUUUACAUGCCCCUGACGCCUUUGGAGCGCAUGCAACACGAGGCCACCUGCAGGCCGCUGGAAGAACAGCAGUCUGAGGAAGAGUCUGAAAGUGUACAAGCGUCCUCAUCAUCUUCAUCGGGUCUGACUAGGGUCUAUCAUUGUGACAUCUGUAAUAAAGACCUGACUCUCACCUCGACGGAGAUCCUAAAACACAAGCGCCAGCACUUGUCCUGAGCUCACACAUGGGUACAUGCUCACACUUUAAGACCUUUUCUGUCCAUCCAGCUCUUCUGUAUUUAUAUUACAUUGUUAAAUAAAUGUGAAAACUCUCUUGAUGUAA